AUGAAUGAUGGUCCUUACUCUAAAGGGAACAAGGACUCACAAGGGACAGACAAUUCCCUGCCCUCCAGGAGACAGAGUAUCCCAGAAGAUCUGCGGGGUGUGACGAUAGUAGAGCUGAUUAAGAAGGAAGGCAGCACCUUGGGCCUCACGAUCUCUGGAGGAACAGACAAGGAUGGAAAGCCCCGCGUCUCUAACCUACGACCAGGAGGACUGGCUGCCAGGUGAGAUCUCGCUUUUAAUCUUGGAGAAAUGUGGAACAGCUGCAAUCAUAUGCACUUGUCUCCUAUGAGACACGACAUAAUAGUUCAACUGCUAGAGUCAAUUGGGGAAAGAGUCGUCGCUGAGGUCUGUGAUUCCUUGCCUCCUCCAGCACCAGACAGCACAUCAGGUGUGAUUUCCAAGACAAUCGAGAUAUGUUUGCACAAAGAAGGGACCAGCUUCGGCUUCGUCAUGAGAGGGGGCUCACAUGAAGACUGGAACAAAUCACGCCCCCUAGUGGUGACAUACGUCCGGCCGGGAGGUCCUGCAGACAGAGAGGGCACUCUGAAGCCGGGCGACCGUCUGAUGAGUGUUGACGGGGUACCUCUCCACAGUGCCAGCCAUGGAGAUGCCCUCACCGUGCUCAACCAGUGUGGUCAGGAGGCCCUUUUCCAGAUCGAGUAUGACGUCUCUAUCAUGGAUACUGUGAUUAAUGCAUCUGGUCCCCUAUUGGUGGAGAUCGCCAAAUCACCGGGGGCAGCUCUGGGUAUCACCUUGACAACCGCCACCCACAGGAACAAACAGGUCAUCGUCAUCGACAGGAUCAAAGCAGCUAGUGUGGUGGACAGGAGUGGAGCCCUCCAUAUAGGAGACCACAUCCUGUCCAUCGAUGGGACCAGCACAGAGCACUGUUCAGUCCUAGAGGCCACACAGCUAUUAGCCAGCACCUCAGACCAGGCCAAGCUAGAGAUCCUCCCUGCCCACCACAGCAGACUGCCCAGCAAACCCCAGGACACUGCCCUAGUGUCGACCAACUUCUCCCCCGGUUCCACCACCACCACCACAUCAGGCCCUGGGUCGACCAGCCAGAUCUCCAGUACCCUGCCCCGUACAGCUGUCCCCAUGAGCCCACGCAACUCCAUGAUGAAGAGACGGCAGAGGAAAAAAGAGCAUAAGAGCUCAUCUGUGUCACUGGCAUCCAGUACAGUGGGUCCUGGUGGUCAGAUCGUCCACACAGAGAGCAGUGAGAUCACCCUAAGAGGAGACCCUCUAAACGGCUUUGGGGUCCAGCUACAGGGAGGCAUCUUCGCUACAGAGACCCUCUCUGCUCCCCCGCUCAUACGUUUCAUAGAGCCGGACAGCUCGGCCGAGAGGUGCGGCCUGCUGCAGGUUGGAGACAGACUCCUGUCCAUCAACGGAAUCCCCACGGAGGAUGGAACACUGGAGGAGGCCAAUCAGCUUCUCCGAGACGCCGCUCUGGCCAAUAAGGUCUCUCUUGAAAUAGAGUUUGACGUCGCAGAGUCUGUUGUGCCCAGUAGUGGAACGUUCCAUGUCAAACUGCCUAAGAAGAGAGGGGUGGAGCUGGGCAUCACCAUCAGUGGUAAGGCUUAUAAGAAGUCUGGAGAGCCUCUAAUCAUCUCCGACAUAAAGAAAGGCAGUAUGGCUCACAGGACUGGUACCCUAGAGCCAGGUGACAAGCUGCUGGCCAUAGACAACAUCAGACUGGAGAACUGUUCCAUGGAAGACGCCUGUCAGAUCCUACAACAGGCAGAAGACCUGGUCAAACUCAAGAUCCGCAAGGACGAGGACAACUCAGAUGAACAGGAGACGUCUGGUUCUAUCAUCUAUACGGUGGAGCUGAAGAGAUAUGGAGGCCCCCUGGGCAUAACCAUCUCAGGCACAGAGGAGCCAUUUGACCCGAUCGUUAUCUCUGGCCUCACCAAGAGGGGCCUGGCUGAGAGGACCGGAGCCAUCCAUGUGGGAGAUCGUAUCCUAGCUAUCAACAGCGUCAGUCUGAAGGGAAAGCCGCUCAGCGAGGCCAUUCACCUACUACAGAUGGCCGGGGAGACAGUCACACUCAAGAUAAAAAAACAGGUCGACGUAGGAGACGAGAAGAAGAAGGAUGGAGAGAUGGAGAAUGAUUUGAGUGACACAGAAGACAUAUCAGACAUGACAGACUCUCAGAAGACCAACAAGCUGUCAGAGAUCUACUCCACCACCAUACCCAGUGUGGACUCUGCCAUGGAGUCCUGGGAUGGAUCCGGCAUCGACGCCGGCUACGGAAGCCAAGGAACCUACAUCCACCAGGCAGCAGGCAUUGCCCUGCACCCCCAUGAGUGGAGGAGUGCCAAGCAAAGGAACAGCCCCCCACCCCCGGCCCGCCGUAGUAAGAACUACCCUUUUAGUGAUGGGGGAUUCAGUGAAGACGACUGGGACAAACCGUCAGGAUACACCAGCCAGCCUCAUAAUGACGGCAUCACGCUAGACCACGAGGACAGUUUCUGGUGUCAGGCCCUGGAAGACUUGGAGACCUGUGGACAGUCUGAGCUGCUCAGAGAGAUAGAGGCAUCCAUCAUGACGGGCAGUGCCAUCAGUAUUGGGGUGGAUGGUAACAGGUCCCAUGCCGUCUCCCACCCUGGGGACCCUGUCAGCCAGCCCCGCGUCAGCCCUCUACGGAGGAGCUCCCUCCUGCACCACGAUGCCAAGACCCACCUGCACCAGGAGGUCCACCUCCACCAGGAGGCCCAUCUGCCCCCAGAGGCCCAGCUCCUGCACCACGAGGCCAGGACUCAGCUGCAUCAUGAGGCCAAGGCCAAGAACACACUCCGGGUGUCUGAGAAGACCUGGGAGUCCCGCAGAAUCAAGGAGGAGAUGCAGGAGAUCCUGUCCCCGACCCCUCUUGAGCUACACAAGGUGACGGUGAUGAAGGAUCCAGAGAGCGAUGACUUCGGCUUCAGCGUAUCUGACGGGUUCCUAGAGAAAGGUGUUUACGUCAACAUGAUCCGUCCCGAGGGCCCGGCAGACCGUGCAGGCCUGAAACCAUAUGACAGGAUCCUACAGGUGAACCAUGUGCGUACCAGAGACUUUGACUGCUGCUUGGCUGUGCCCCUGAUCACCGAGGCUGGGGACAAGCUGGAGCUGGUGAUCAGCAGGAACCCUCUGGCCCAGCAACUGCACCAAGACUGUCUGGACCAGGACCAAGGCCUUCUCAUCUCUGCACUGCAGUCCAACAGUAGGGAACAAAACCACUAUACCACCACUACAACCCGAGCCAUGGACCUGUGAUUACAGACACGCAAUACAGACACACAGAACCACAGACUAGGACUAAGGACUACUGACUUCUGCACUGCAGUCCAACAGCUGAGACCACCAAUUACAACCCGAGCCAUGGGCCUGUGAUUACAGACACGCAGUACAGACUAACUAACCUGUAACUACAGACCUCUAACCACAGACAUGUAACUACAGACCGGUAACUACAGACCUAUAACUGCAGACCUGUAACCACAGACAUGUAACUAUAGACCUGUAACUACAGACCUGUAACUACAGACAUGUAACCACAGACAUGUAACUACAGACCUGUAACUACAGACAUGUAACCACAGACCUAUAACUACACACCUGUAACCACAGACCUGUAACCACAGACAUGUAACUACAGACCUGUAACUACAGGCCUGUAACCACAGACCGGUAACUACAGACAUGGAACUACAGACAUGUAACCAAAGACAUGUAACUACAGACAUGUAACUACAGACAUGUAACCACAGACCUAUAACUACACACCUGUAACCACAGACCUGUAACCACAGACAUGCAACCACAGACAUGUAACCACAGACAUGUAACCACAGACAUGUAACCACAGACAUGUAACUACAGACCUGUAACCCCAGACCUGUAACCACAGACCUGUAACCAAAGACCUGUAACUACAGACAUGUAACCAUAGAAAUGUAACCACAGACCUGUGACCACAGACCUGUAACUAUAGACCUAUAACUACAGACAUGUAACCACAGACCUGUAACCACAGACCUGUAACUAAGGACCUGUAACCACAGACCUGUAACUAGAGACACACAGAGACAGAACCACAGACCAGCAUCACAGACCUGUAAUUACAAACACACUGAACCACAGACCAGCAUCACAGACCUGUGACACUACUAUACAGAUAAAAAUUAAAGGUGCACAUACAAAGUUGACGUGUUUACUACGUACAUCGCUGGACCUGUGACCAGGUGUUCAACUGACACGGAACCACAGACACUACCCGUGGUGGCUGGACUUGUACCAACAGCUACACCGUACAGACUCACAGAACUCUGUCUUCAGCCCUAUCAAACACGGUAAAAAAAAAAAUGUGAAGAUGUUUUUACAGAUUCCUUUUUACCCCAAGUCUCGUGUUUCCUGUGUUGUCAUUAUGUCAACCCCUUAUAUAAAAAAAAAAAAUGUGAAGAUGUUUUUACAGAUUCCUUUUUACCCCAAGUCUCGUGUUUCCUGUGUUGUCAUUAUGUCAA